AUGGACAUUAAUUCACUCCUCUCGCCGCAGGAGUCUAAUUCCCAAUCGGGGCGGUCUUCGCCCUCGGCGGCCCCAACCUCUGCCAGUAACACAUCCAUCCCGUCCACGGGACCACCUCCAAAACCUCUGCGCAAGAAUCGCGCCGGGCAAACCAGACAGGGCAUGACCUCAUCCCCGCUCGCGCAGCACGUUUUCGCGCCGCCGCAUGUCUCAGAACCAUCGCCGCCAGCGAUAAGCCCGACAGUUGGUCCCAACGUGGGUAGUGGAAGCGGGACUCCUCCGGUGGCAGACUUACCUCCUCCUAGACAGCCGUCGACCCCUGGAAUGGACACGCUCGCCGAUUUGGCUUCCAUGCAGCAUCACCAACCUCAGCGCUCGAAUGCCCCGCUUCUCAGAAGCACCGAAUCGUACGAGUCCCAGCUCUCUCCCUCGACGAUGUACCCCCAUGUCAGUUCGGUCGCCCACAAUACCCCGACGCCACGAUCGUCAUUCGAUAUAGCCAUGUCGGAUGGUCCCAGGGAGGCCGCCCGCAGAAACUAUAUGGAUACAUCGUUGGUUCCGAAUGCACAGCGGUUGGCAACCGAGCUUUUUGCUCAAAUCCAAGAAAACCCUCAGUCGUAUGACGCGCAUGUCAACUUCGUUCGACUACUCCAUGCGGGAUUCGUUAACCAUGUAUAUCCACCGAAUAACCCCGAGCUUCACGGCGACCCGCGGAACUAUGACCUGCUCAAGGAUAUGCGGACCGCUCGCGAAGAGAUGGACAAGCUCUUUGCCAUGGGGGAAGACCUCUGGGCAGAGUGGAUACAAGAUGAAAGCAUGCUCGCACAAACCGUGGAUGAGCGCAUUGCCGUCAUGGAGCUCUGCCAACGGUCGGUGGAGGAAGAGUACGGCAGUACGAAGCUUUGGAGUAUCUACGGGGAGUGGGUUCUUUAUCUCUAUAAUUCUGCGCACGGUGAGGGUGGCCAACAUCAGUGGACGGAAGAGGAUCGCAUGAUCGGUCGCGAGGUUUUCUCCUGGCAGUCGGUUCUAGAUGUCUGGCAGAGGGGCGCCGAAGCGACUCGGUGGAGGACUCCCGAUAGCCAUCUGGUCUGGGAUCGGCUGCUCGACCUGCAGGUGCAGGACAUCACCCGCAACCCAAGUCAGGAGAAAAUUGGCCAUGUGCGGAAUCUAUUCGACAUCAGACUGCAAACCCCUCAUGCUACCUGGGAUCAGACUUUCCAGACGUUCUCGGGUUUUGUUUCCACCUAUUAUAACGCAAAUUACGAAAAUAUCAUGGCAGACACUGCAGGCCGAUAUGCAACGGCUUGCAAAGAACAGUACUCCGCUCGCGAAGAGUUUGAAAUCCGACUCCGUAAUGCCGCCGAUUCGGGUGACCUCACCCAGGAGUGGACCAUCUUCACCGAGUACAUUGAGUGGGAAGUCAGCAGCAAUCAUCGCAACCGUCAUUCCAACUUCGAGUUGGUCAACGCUGUCUACCAGCGUGCAGUGCUUCGAUUUCCAACCGAUGCCAACAUGUGGGAGGACUUUGUCAUGUUCCUCAUCGAUGAAUCCAUGCAUGGUAAUGCGAACACCACGACGAUUUCUACCCUGGAACGGGCAACACGGCACUGCCCGUGUUCCGGUACCCUUUGGUCUCAGUAUCUACUCAGCUCCGAACGGGAGGGACAGUCCUUCUCCAAGAUUGCCGACAUUAAACACAAGGCCACCAGCACUGGUCUCCUCGACGUGGCCGGCAUGGAGGAGGUUCUCAAGGUACAUACGGCCUGGUGCAGCUACCUCCGUCGGAGAGCCUUCAUGUCAGACUCCACCGAUGAAGAUCUCGACGUCGCCGAGGUUGGCAUCCGUUCGGCCAUCGAAAGUGUUCAAGAGCUCGGGGAGAAGAAGUACGGUCGGUCUUAUCAAGGCGACCCCUUGUUUCGCCUAGAGCGCAUCUACAUUCGUUACCUGAGUGAAAGUGGCAGCUGGGAUAGUGCACGGGAAACCUUCAAGGGUCUGAUGGGCCGGCGAGGCAACAGCUACGAGUUCUGGCUUACGUACUACGAAUGGGAAUUGAUCUCAUGGAGCAAAUUCGUGCAAGGCGAAGCCACCGUUGAUGCCGCGCGCCGGACCCCUAACCCCAGCUUUGCGACCGCCGUAUUGAAACAAGCUAUCAAGCGGACGGACCUGGAUUGGCCCGAGAAAAUCAUGCAAACCUAUAUCGCACAUUGUGAGGAUUACGAGGACUCCGAUGAAUUGCAGCUGGCCAUUUUGGAAACUAGGAAGGCCAUGCGGGCCAUCACGGCUCGGCGAGAACGUGACGCGAGAGAACUGGCCGCACAGCAAUCACAACAAGCCACAUCAACCGAACAAGCUACGCACCCUGAAAAGAGGAAGCGGGAGGAGGAGGAAGCUAAUGUAAAUGGGUUGCCUGCUAAAAAGGCUCGCGGGGAGGAGGAAACACCGACUGUGGAAGCAGAGCCAGCGGCCCUUCAGCGCGACCGGGAAAAUGCGACGGUGGUGGUGAAGAACUUACCCCAUCAGAUUACCGAGCAUAAAGUUCGACAAUUCUUCCGUCAUUGCGGUACGAUAAACAGCGUGAAGAUGUUUCCGGGUGACGGGAACUCGGAGGUCGCGGUCAUCGAGUUUAAUUCAAGGGACGAAGCCCUUGUAGCGCAAACACGCGACCAGAAAUCCCUGGAUGAUACUACCAUCGAAGUGCAGAUUGGGACAUGUUCGACAUUAUUCGUCACCAACUUUCCCCCGGAGGCAGACGAAAAUUACAUUCGCGAUCUGUUCCGUGAGUAUGGCGAGAUCAUCGAUGUUCGCUUCCCAUCUCUUAAAUACAAUACACAUCGGCGCUUCUGUUACGUACAAUUUAAGACUUCAGAGGCAGCGCUGAGGGCCACGGGGUUGGAUGGGACUACGGUUGGCAAAGGCCUAACGCUCACGGCGAAGAUCUCGGACCCUUCUCGGAAACAGGACCGGCAUGGUCCUAUCUACGAAGGACGGGAGAUCCACGUGUCGAAUGUAGAUUUCAAGGCCAGUGAGCAUGAUCUCAAGGAGCUCUUCUCGAAGUAUGGGACCGUGGAGUUGGUCCGUCUGCCUCGGAAGGUCGACGGUGGCAGCAAGGGCUUCGGUUAUGUUGUCUUUUCCACUAAAGAGGAAGCCACGGCCGCUCUGGCUAUGGACGGGCAAGAAUAUCGCUCGCGAACCCUCCACGUGAAGAUUUCCGCUCCCCAGAGCACUAAGCGAAGCGCGACCACCAUCGUAUCUCAAGUUGGGAAAUCUCAGUCCCCUGCAGCUGAAGUCAACGGGAGUAAAACAUCAGCCGAUGCGGACACCCCUAGCAGUGAACGGGCGGCCCGUAGCUUGGGACUGAUGAAUAUUCCCGACACGGUGAACGACGCGCGCAUUCGGGCCCUGGUGGAGCCGUACGGCAAAUUGAUUAAGAUUGUCUUACGGCCCGAUCACCAGGGGGCCAUUGUGGAGUUUGCCGAUGUCAAUCAUGCCGGUCGGGCUUCUUUAGAGCUCGAGGGCCAGGAGAUAGCGCCGGGGCGUAAAUUGCAUGUGGGCACCGUACCGGAGAUGUUAAAACAGUCAGCGGAGAAUAAGGACGGUCGCGUACAACCGUCCAGCAAGCCGAAGGAGAAGCAAGGGGCAUUCCUCCAGCCCACGGGGCCGAUCAAGCGACCACCACAACCGGGUUCGCGGGGUGGCCGGCGAGGAGGUCUCGGGGUGAAACGCGCCGUCCCUCGUGGAGAGCACAACGGAGAGAAAACGAUGACGACGACGACAAUGAUGACGACCGACAGCGCCCCCUCCGUGGAAGGGGGGAAGACGAAAAAGAGCAAUGAUGACUUCCGUGCGAUGAUCCAGCGGGGUCGCGAGGAGUGA